AUGUGUUCCGCUCGAACGCUGAGUCUGGCUCUCCUGCCUUCCAUCCUGCACCUCCGAUACGUCCGAAAACUGAAGCAAGGUCGAAAAUGCGACGUAAGGUUCUUACUCGCUCCGUCAAAACGCAGGAGAAGCGCCCAUGUGCGCAAGGCCAACAGCGCAUAUCUCUCGCAUUUUGACCCGGGUAUGGAGGCGGAAGGCCGGAAGGCCCAGCGGAUGAGAGACGACGAACUGGCUAUGCCGCCACCGCCGCCACCAAACAAGAGGAUACGAGAGGAGAUGGAAGUUGUGGGCGAAGUGGACGAGGAAGAGACAAGGUCGUGGGAGCAGCGAAGAGCAGUCAGAGCAGCAGCUCGAAACGCGCACAUCAUCGACUCGACACGAGACUUUACCGUCCCUCCUGAGAUUUUCCACCCAAACAGCGACCCAGCAUUUCGCUUUCCAAAACCUGCGCGAUCAUGGGCAGGUCCAGCAACUGGACAAGCCAUGGACCAGUUCAACUACUUCACGAAUUCGCUCACUCCGCAAGGCAUGGAUAUGAUGGACUGUCGAGACUAUUCCGAGGGCUCUGCACAGGAGGUUCAUGCUGAUCCAUCUACUCCAUCGUUUGAUCCGAGUUUGUUCGUUGCCGCCCCUGAUCAUACAGUCUCGAAUUUGCCAGAAGAAACUUCAAUUCUGGAUCAACCCGGGAACCAACAACGCUCAGAGCUCACCCAAGGUGUCCGUCCCGGGCAGCCACAGCAAAACAUUUCCAUACCAGCUCCUCGAUCAGGAUUCUUUCCGACCAUCACAACACUCCCACCCCCUUCAAACCCACGACGCGAAUCCUUCGUCAGCUUCCUCCGAGACUUCCCAUCCCACAACUACAUCCUCCCCACCGGCGCCCCCCUGAACUUCACCAUGGUAGAAAUCAUCGCCAUCCUCCCCAGCUGGUUCAAGAACACAUCCCUAGCCACCCGCUUCCUAAACAACAACAUCACUGCCAGUAUUCACCUCGCCAUCCUACAAGAACACCGGGAUCUAGGCAUCACAACGGAGCACGAAAGGGCCAGAGCGCGUGAAGGCAUCGCAGACGCCUACCGCAAGACGAUGCGCAGCGUGGAUCCGGAGUGGACGAAAGCGCGGCACAGGAUCCCGAAGGAAUGGAACAACGGGGUCAUGAACGUUAAUACCUUCGUCCCUGAUGUUGUGCACGAGACGUGGUAUCAAGCCCCGCCGCCGAUCGCGUUCAAGGCGCUCUGUAACGGUUUGAAGAAGUUGCCGCAGGGUGCUGAUGCGGGAGACCUGACGCGUGCGCUGGAGUAUGCGCUGUGUAAUACCAAGUUCGAUCAGUUUCAGCAGCCGCAUGAACUCCUGUUUCCUGAUGACCUGCAGAUGAUACUGGGUUAUAUCGGGCGCACGGAUGUUACCAUGGAGCAUACUGAUCGGUGUGUUGUUCGACGGUAUGCGGAUGUGGUCAGGAAGGCGGUGGGAGAUAGGAAGCCUGCGUUGAAGCAGAUGAAGUCGCCAGGGAUGGGAAUGCCUGCAGCACCGUCGGUGAAAAACCAGCGGGCAGAGUCUGAGUUUGCUGUUCCUCAAGCUACGCUACAGAUUCCACCCGGGGAGCUCAACGUGGCUCUCCUAAGUGGCGCCGCUCCACCUGUACCCAAAGUGACCAUCAUCCCCAGCACACCCACCAACACCAUAGUUCGCACGAGCACACCACCCCCAGGCUUCGCCUUCUCAGCCGAAGUCCUAGCCCUAAUAACGCCACCAGGCUACCCAGCAAACCACUUCGCAUCUCCGCCCGAAGUCCACCCUAGCGAAACCGCUAUCGACAGAACCCGCAGAGAAGUAGCUUACAUGGACUCUCUCAUCCAAGAACAUGCUUCCUCGAACUUAUCAUGUCUGCCCACGCCGUCGCCCUCGCCAGAGUCAAAGUUCGACAGAAAACAAGUGCAUGAGCAGGUGCAGACCUUCGAGCGCUACUCGCAGACCCACCUCCUGCGUGACUGUCACGAAGGCUGCUCGGAGGAGGAACAGGAUGACAGUGAUCUUGCAUGUGCGGCUCGCUAUGCACGGUUGCCGGAUCAGAUUGGGACGGAUUGGCGGGUUCAGGAUAUGGCGCUUAUCGCUGGGCUGUUGGCGUUGCAGGAUGGGAAUUAG